GAACUUUGGAUACGUGCCUUGUACCGUACAGAGCAGGUACCUGCGGAUGUACUCGUAAAGGUACUCACCCCCCCCCCCCCCGGUCUCCUUACCCGAAAUCUCUUGCAACCACGACUAUCCAAAGCCGCCGCGCCAAAUUUUGACGGCACCGUCAACAUGGGAUUCUCCAAACUUUUCGAUUUUUUCCAGACCUCCACUUGCAUUGCGUCCCCCCCUCCCCCCCCCACUGCCCUUGAAGGUCUCCUCCUCUCCUCUCCAGCAGGCCUGAUCCCUUCAUUGACGCCAACUGGCAAGCCGAAAGCCUGCAGCGGCAGCAUUUUUGCUUCUCCCGCAACCAUCUCGAAUGCUUGUGGCAAAAAGAGAUACCUCUCCGGCGCCAACCCCGACAGCCCGAGUCAUCGCCCGAACCCUGUGCCUGAGCAGCAGGACCCUUACCCGUCCACCGCAACCAUCUGGGUCCAAUCAAUCGUGGCAACUCUAGUGCAGCUAUCCAGACUUGUGACAGCCGGAAGUUCCUCUCCGGGCCAAGUCGCUACUUGUAUAUUGUACACAACCUGCACUUACAUCUGUGACUACUUGGCCGAGAUCCAAUCAUCCACCGGAUCAUCGCAAUAUGCUUCGAAAGGGUUUACCAGGAAAUCGGGGCCGCCGGAGGUGGAAAUGAGCAAAAACAAAGCAGACAAUAUCCACGGCGCACGCCGUCCAAGGAUGCGAGCAUGCCAAACUGCCGUUUGA